GAAAGCUCCAAUUUUACUCUCCGAACAUCCUUACACCCUUAUUCAUACAGCCCCUUAAACUGAGCGAGUUCACCAUCAGACGGGCAGGAGACGGAGCAAGUCCUCAAUUCAUCUAAGAACUCCUAGACGAACAGGUUAAAACCCGCAGCGUACCUCUCUUCGAAUCCACAUAACUCAGAUACAAGAUGGCUCCUUCAGACAACCAGAAAGUGUCCUUCUACGGGUAUACUCCUGUUCCUAGAGAUCCGGAUGUGCUUUUCAAGGAUCAUCCCACUGCUUCUGGAACAAGCCCCAAACAAGACCCUUUCAAAUUUGAGGACAUCCCUAUCCCAGACUCGCUUCUAGUGCAGAAAGUCAAAGAGUUUGUAAAGUCAAAGCUCAAUGAACAGACAUACAAUCAUAGUAACCGUGUCUACAUUUACGGCACUGCCCUAGUCAAGACACACUUCCCCGAUUGGUCAUACGACUCCGAGACGUACUACCUCACCUGUCUUCUGCACGAUAUCGGUACAGCAGAUGCAUUCCUUGCGACUACAAAAAUGUCUUUCGAAUUCAAGGGCGCGAUCGUCGCGCGAGAGCUCCUCCUCGCGAAUGGCGGCGUCGAAGAUCAGGCGGAUGGUGUAUGCGAAGCUAUCAUACGCCACCAAGAUAUUUUCGUCAAGGGUGGGAACAUCACAAUGAUCGGGCAGAUCAUACAACUUGCUACUAUUCUUGACAACGUUGGACUCCGUGCAAACCUGAUCCACCCAGACCUAAUCGCAACAACCUGCGCCGCCUUCCCACGCAAAGGCUGGUCCAACUGCUUCUCACGCACAAUCGAGAAAGAACUCACACUCAAACCAUGGUGUCACACUUCGACGUUCGAAAUACCCAAUUGGGUCGAAGGUGUUCAGAGUAACUUUGCAACAGACGUUCGUGGGAACAGCGUCAUGGCGAAAUAUGAUUGAUUUUUUUUGUGACUGUGGGAUGUGGGCUACGGGACUGGGUACAAUGGAAUCAAUGAUUAUUGACGAGUGGAAAUAACGGUGAAAUGCGCAAUACUCGAGGAGGAGCGGGUGAAUAAUGUAGCAUUAACAAUGUUGAUUUUGGAGAUAAAUUCAUACUGUGAUUAUUCCUUCCG